UAAAGGGUGUGUUGUUAGAGUUGGAGUGUCUUAGGCAACUUGAGGACACAGUUUCACUCGCUGUGAGCUGACUUCUGCUCAGGAUCAAACCAGACUCACGACAUAAACAAACAAACAAGCUGUUCUCGUGUUGAUCAGAUGUCUGAGGAGAUGGAGCGCAAAAGCAGCAGCGGCUGCAGCAGUGGGUCCGAGCUUCAGCAGCUGUGGGGGAGUUGGUCCACCCAGUUCAACCAGCUUUAUGAAGACCCCAGGGUGACGAGGCUGAUGAACACCAGGCUGGGGCUGUACCUCAGCAGUCACCCUAUGCUGGCUCUGACAGCGCUGCUCUUCAGCUCCCUGGCUGCACUACCUGUUGGACUAUUCCUCACUUUUGCUGCUGUGACCGUUGUGAUGUCAGCUGUAGGUUUUGUUUUCUUUGAAGUGUUCCUGCUGUGUGUAGCCGGGUUGACUCUAGUGAGCGUGCUCAUCGGCAUUGCUCUCUUCUCUGCUGUGGCUUCAUUCAUCACCUAUGUGCUUUAUUUCACCUCCUCCAACAUCCUCAACCGCUACUACCCCCAUCUCAGGAAGGGUGACAUGCAGGAGGAGCAGAGUGAAGGGGAGACUUUAGGACAGAAGGAGAUGUAAAAGCUGCCGUUCUCCGACUCUCGUUUUUUUGGUCAUCUUUUAUGUGGAAAAGCUUGAAAAUCUCUGAGUGAACUUGCGGCCUUAAAUCAGCACUUCUGAGGCUUGAUGGAUCCAGGAUGGAGAGGAUAUAGUAUCUAAACGUACUGUACUGUAUGGUGGCUUAAGUCUGGGAUCUGCAGACUCAUCUCUAUGUAUGAACACAGGCACCCUGACGGUUACUAAGCCCUCUUUUAUUACCAAAUACUUUAAAGAAAGUAUGAUUUUAAUAUGUUUUAAUUACAACCACAGCAAGAAAACAAUCAAAGGCCUUCAUAGACAUGUUCGUCUUAUCUGUAUGUGUGUUUCUAUUUUUCUAUUUCAAGUAGAAGAGGAGAAGAGGAAAUGAUGUCAUGCCCUUACAGAGUAGAUAACUGUGAUCAGUCUGCUGAAGUCUGAGCUGCAUUCACACUGUAGACAAAAGGGUCCUGAAUCUGAUUUUUUUUUUGCUCCCAUGGGACUCAGAUCUGAUUUUUUUUUUUUUAUGACAGUGUGACCAAUACAAGUCAUGGUGAAUCUGAUCUUUACAAAUCUGAUUAAUGUGGAUUCCUUCAGGAGUCUCAUGAAGGCCACAUUUAAAAUUCAGUGUGAGCAGCCAAAUGAUCAGAAUCAGAUCUGAGCAAAGGAAAAAUCAGAAUUGAGCAUUAAUGCUUGCAGUGUGAACGCAGCCUAUGAACGCAGGCUGUGUGUGCAGUCGGGUUGUCACGGUGGCUACUCACAUUUUAAACUUUGAUAUGAUACUAAUUAAAAUCAUACUAUCUCAUAAUAACUGUUCUGAUUCCACGGCAACAAAAAAUACAAGUCCAAGUCACCCAAUGUUGGGUAACUUCCUUUUCAAUGACUCCUUUAGUUAACUCAUUUACACACAGUGUGCAGGAGAUUACUCAUUUUUAAUGGAUUCAUUCCUCUCCUAUGCAACGAUCUAAUGAAAUAUAUGUACCGAGCUUGUAUCGUGUUAAACACAUGCUGUUGAAACGUAUCCAAAUAUUGAACACUUCUGACAACCUUACUGUGCAGAUUUGUGAUGCACACGCCUCAACGGCAACAUUUGCACUACAAAACAGUUGUUACAUGUUUAUGAAUCUGUUACUGUAAAAGAGCAACUUGUUCAUCUGUUUUCAGUGUUUGGAGGGUUACUUCUCAGAUGACACUGAUUCAAGAUUUCUUGUUAAAAGUGUUAAAAUGUAUAAAAUCAUGUUUCUGUAUUUAGUGUCUCAUCAUAAAUAAAAUGUGAAAACCAAAAACAUAAAACAAGCUUUUGAUCAAAAAUGAAAUACUUGCAUGUAUCGUCUCUGUGAUCAGAAAUAUCAAGAUUUUCAACAUUUCUAUAAAUUCAUGUUUUUAAGUAACAAACUGCAGUGACUUUUAUGUUAUCAGACUUUUUGCCUGAUGGAGGUCCGACAUGUUGCCAAUAAAUGUUUGAACAUUAA